UAUUCUCUAGAGGAUUUUAAAGAGGCUAGGAAAAACCUAAUUUAAAAAAUAGGAAACGAUGAGAAGAAGAUUAUAAAAUUUUUGAUAUUUUUAGAUAAACUUACAGCAUUUGAUGAAUAAUUUAUUUAAUGUGGACCAAAUUCACUUGGUUUGUUGGUUGAAAUGAAGGUCGAUCUGAGAGGAUAGUGCUUUAGUAGUAUUAGUAUAUAAGAUACUUUAUUGUAGAAGUUAAUUUUGCGAGAUGCAAUUUGAGUUAGUCCAAAUUCGUAAAUGUAAAUAUAAGCGGAAUUAAUUUAAAUUAAGCCUAGUUAAUUGAUUGUAAAUGGAGGAACUUAAAAAUACAUGAAUUAAAUAAAUUAUAUGGCCAUAAAAAAAGCAUUCAAUCAGCUUCUCUCCUGUGGCAAGAUUUUAGCUUCUGCCAGUGAUGAUAAAUCUAUUAUUUUAUGGGAUGUUAAAACAGUAUAAUGAA